UCCUUUCUUUCAAAACGUCUCUCUUUCCCCAGAACCGCUUCUCAUUUCUCUGCAAUUAGGGCACAAAAAGAGAACUUCAGAUCGACACGAUAAUGGCGGAUUUAGAUCUAUUCUCUGCAUCGAAUCGUCUCAGAUCUCAUCGGUCUUCCACCUUCUCAGAAUCUCCUUCGAAUUAGCGCUGAAAAAUCGUCACAAGAACUAAAAGUUGACGAAGGAUCUCCAUCUCUUCUCUCCGUUCGUCGUAGAUCGCUCAAGAUUCUUAGAUCUCAGCUUACCUAAAUCAACGGUUGUCAUUUCUUUGUUUUCUGCGAUGAAUCCGAGGGGCCGGUAUCCGCCCGGUAUUGGCAACGGCCGCGGCGGGAAUCCGAAUACAAACCCUAAUUUCCACGUUAGAAAUCCUCAGCAGCAGCAGCAGCAGCAGCAACAACAACAACAGCAGUACGUGCAGGUGCAGCGGAAUAUGAUGCAGCAGCACUAUCAGCAGCAGCAACAGCAACAUCAACAGCAACAACAGCAAUGGAUGAGAAGGAAUAGUCAAAUGGGGCCUGAUACGGCCACAGCCGAAGUGGAGAAGGCCGUAGUACAGUCUGAAGGUGUUGAUUCUAGUUCUCAAGAUUGGAAAGCACGACUAAAGAUACCACCACGUGAUACACGUUUCAAGACAGAGGAUGUUACUGCAACCAAAGGAAAUGAAUUUGAGGACUAUUUUCUGAAGCGAGAGCUUCUUAUGGGGAUAUAUGAGAAAGGAUUUGAAAGGCCUUCUCCUAUCCAGGAAGAAAGUAUCCCUAUUGCUUUAACUGGAAGCGACAUUCUUGCUAGAGCUAAAAAUGGUACUGGGAAGACAGCUGCAUUUUGCAUUCCAGCACUGGAAAAGAUUGACCAAGAUAAGAAUGUCAUUCAAGUUGUUAUACUGGUUCCUACACGAGAGUUGGCUCUUCAGACAUCACAAGUUUGUAAGGAGCUCGGGAAGCAUUUAAAGAUUCAGGUCAUGGUCACCACUGGAGGUACCAGCUUAAAGGAUGAUAUCAUGCGUUUAUAUCAACCAGUCCAUUUGCUUGUUGGAACACCAGGCAGAAUACUUGAUCUUGCAAAGAAAGGUGUAUGCAUCCUGAAAGAUUGCUCAAUGCUUGUUAUGGAUGAGGCUGACAAGCUUUUAUCUCCGGAGUUUCAACCAUCAGUAGAACAGUUAAUUCGCUUUCUUCCUGGAAAUCGGCAGAUUUUGUUGUUUUCGGCAACAUUUCCUGUAACCGUUAAAGAUUUCAAAGACAGAUAUUUGCAGAAGCCUUACAUCAUUAAUCUCAUGGAUGAGCUCACUCUUAAGGGUAUAACUCAAUACUAUGCUUUUGUAGAAGAAAGACAGAAGGUCCACUGCCUAAACACUCUUUUCUCCAAGCUUCAAAUCAACCAAUCAAUUAUAUUUUGCAACUCUGUGAAUCGGGUAGAACUGUUGGCGAAGAAAAUUACGGAGCUUGGUUAUUCUUGCUUCUACAUUCAUGCAAAGAUGCUGCAGGAUCACCGUAACCGAGUCUUCCAUGACUUCCGUAAUGGUGCUUGCAGGAAUCUUGUAUGUACAGAUUUGUUUACUAGGGGAAUUGACAUUCAAGCAGUAAAUGUGGUUAUCAAUUUUGAUUUCCCCAAGAACUCCGAGACUUAUCUGCAUCGGGUUGGUCGCUCGGGAAGGUUUGGCCACCUUGGGUUAGCAGUGAACUUAAUCACAUACGAGGAUCGUUUCAACUUGUAUCGGAUCGAGCAAGAGCUUGGGACUGAAAUAAAGCAAAUUCCACCACAAAUUGACCAGGCUAUCUACUGCCGGUGAUUCUGUCAUAGUUAGAUCUCCUGCAUGCUCAAAUGAUGGUGAAUAAGUGGAAAGAAAUUCAGCUACCUGUACAUACCACCUUGUAAAGGUGCCCUUUGAGGAACACUAACAUAAUGGGUAUCAUGUGCUGAGGAUCAUCAUCAAAGCUACCAUGUGGUGAGGAUCAUCAUCAAAGCCUCGUCACAGCUAAUUUGGGUCAGCAUUACACAUCCCGAUUCUCCAGUUCAUAGGCCCGUUUCUAGGUUUGACUACCCAACUUGUCUAAGAGUCUGACCGUCCGAUGGGGACCAUUCAGCGAUGGAGGUAUGGCACUGCCUACUCUUUUGGACAUGGAACGCUGGUUCCCCGUGCAUUUUCUACCUCUAAACAUCUAGUUUAUCCGUUUUAGAUUUUUCAUGUGCUAAACCACUCAUGGGGUCGCAAGAAAGAUAGCAUUAGAAAUCAUAUGGUUUAGAUGAGCAGAACUGAGUUUGCUAUGCUUGGGGCUCAAUACUGCAGGUUUAUUUCUCGUCAUCAUGUUCGUUCGUCCUUGUUUCCGUUUUCGUGUGUGUUCAAACCAGAGUAUUUAAAUUUUUCAGAUUUUA